AUGACAUUUAGUACUGUUAAAAUGUUGUCAGAAAAUGGAAUAUUAUCUGCAAAAUCAAUGAUCGAAGAUUUAAAUCUUACUCAACAAAGAUUUGUCUCUAAACUUCCGCUCAUCAUUACUAUUCUCGGUCUUAUUGGUUUCGUUGGUAACCUCUUUACCUUUCUUCAACCAACUCUUCGUAAGAAUGCAUUCUGUAUCUACACUCUCUCGGCUUCGUUAAUUGAUAUUAUCAACCUUUCUGUAAAUCUCUGUCCACAAUAUUUCAAUCCAUCACCAGGUGGUCUUUUUGCCGAAAUAUCUGAUCGUUUCACAUGUAAACUCCGACUCUUCGCUUUAGUAGUCUUACCUCAACUAUCACUAAAUCUGUUGAUCAUGUCUCUCGUUGAUCGAUUUGCAUGUACAUUUCCUUCAACAUCACGAAUGUCUCGUCUUCUCAAACUGAAGAUGGUCCCGUUAAUGAUCUUUAUCACUAUCAUUAUUAGUUCUAUCGAAUCAUUAUACUCUCCUCUAUUAUAUGACAUCAUUCCUGAUUAUGGAUGUGGUGUGACUCAUGCAACAGAAAAUGCUGUUAGUUACAUAGCCAUUCAUGGAAUACUAACGCCAGCAAUCAUGGUAACUCUUGUAGGUCUCACUUAUCGAAGAUUUUCCCGAGGUCGACAAAGAGUCGGCGCAGUAACAACGGCAAAUCAAAACCGUUUUCGAAAUCAAUUUGUUGCAAUGGUCUUUACUCAAGUAUUCGUGAGUAGUUUCUUUGUUCUACAAUGGAUCGGAAUGUAUUGGUAUUUUUUGGCCACACAAUAUGAUAAUAAGACAGCCGAACAAUGGACAAUAACAUAUUUUAUGUUGAGUUUAACAAACAAUUUCUAUUAUAUGAUCAAUGUAAGAUCAUUCUAUUUGUCGACAUUAACAUCCCGCUUAUUUCGAGAGACAAUGAUGGCAGGCUUUCUGAAGUUGUUACCGGGUAAUCUACAUCGCCAAUGGAAUGCUAGAAACCUUACCGCUCCCAAUACUAUUGGUACAAGAACAGUAGAAUAG